CUUUGUUAUUGUGAGUUUGAUUCAUUCUGACCCAGAACAGGUCUGCACAUGCGCACUGCAUCGCUUCUAUGGGGACGAGGGAGGACAUCACGGAAAAAACGUAGCAGCAGCAGCAGCAGCAGCAGCGAAUCCCACGCCGAGAUUUCGUCUCUCCGCUGCGGUCAAACUGCGCCACGGACGCGGCCUGUGACUAUGCCCGGCGCGGCGGUGCGGAGCGGCGGGUGAACACUUGACGAGCCCGUGAAGUGUGAGCCGUUUGCCGGGAGAGGAAACUACAAUUCUUCAUGCGGGAGCAGCAUGCGGGAAAUGGUCGGAGGCUGCUGCGUGUGUUCAGACGAGCGAGGCUGGGCUGAGAACCCGCUGGUCUACUGUGAUGGACACGGCUGUAACGUCGCCGUCCACCAAGCCUGUUACGGCAUCGUCCAGGUGCCCACCGGCCCGUGGUUCUGUCGGAAGUGCGAGUCACAGGAGAGGGCGGCGCGCGUGAGGUGUGAACUGUGCCCCCACAAAGAUGGAGCCCUCAAGAGGACGGACAGCGGCGGCUGGGCCCACGUCGUGUGUGCGCUCUACAUCCCUGAGGUGCAGUUUGCCAACGUCCUCACCAUGGAGCCCAUCAUCCUGCAGUAUGUCCCACACGAGCGAUACAUCAAGACCUGUUAUAUCUGUGAGGACCAUGGAAGGGAGAGCAAGGCAGCGUGUGGAGCCUGCAUGACCUGCAACAGACAAGGCUGCAGACAGGCCUUUCACGUCACAUGUGCUCAGAUGGCUGGUCUGCUGUGUGAAGAGGAAGGACCAGAAGCUGACAACGUCAAAUACUGCGGCUACUGCAAGCAUCACUACAACAAACUGCAGAAAAAGUUGCGUUCUAGUGAAAAUACAAGUACGUCCUUCACUCAUCCCAGGGGGCGCUCUACCUCGCCUUCACAGGACAAACACCACCAUCACAGGCAGAGGAAGAGUCAUAAAGACAAGAUUCGGCAAAAAGAGCGUCACAAGAAGUCGUCUGACAGACUGAGCUCAUCAGUGACCACGAGCAUAGAAAAGAUCUCCUCCAGUCACCAUGGCAACAAAGACAAUGAGGGAAAAUCCAAGAAGCUGAGCUCACACACUCAUGGUCAUCGCAGUAAAAAGACAGGGAGCACUGGCAAGAGCUGCUCCUCCUCCUCCUGCUCCUCCAGUCCCUUCAACACAGGUGGCUCCUUGUCUUCAGCUCAGGAUUUCCAUCAGUUCUCGUCUUCGUCACGUCUGGAGCGUGAACCUGACCACAGUGGAGAGGAGCGCAAGGAGCGUCACCGGAGGCCAGCAGUCCAGGAGAACGAGGAAGAGGAGGACAAGGAUGAGGAGGAGGAGGACAAGGAUGAAGAGGAGGAGGACAGUAAAUACCACAAGCCUCCAGCACUGACUCCUGCUGAUGGUCCACUGGCAGCAUCACAAGGUCAUGACAGGUCAGAGGACAACUCCAGCCCCUUCGAGAACAAGGUCACCAUCUCUACGUUCGGGUCCAUCAUGCGUAUCACCUCCUCAUCAGGACUCGGCAGCAGCACUAAGAUCCGCAAGAUCUCCUCCUCCUCCUCGGGGGACUACAAACCCUCCAAGUCACUCUGCAAGCCGCCUCAACUGAGUCGGCCACCUGUCCUCGAGGAGGCUGAUGUGGAGGACAAGGCCACGCCCCCUCCUCCACUGCCCAGAGAGAGGAGGCACCGGGGCAGCAAGAAGAGUCGCCACGGCCCCGGGCGCCCGCGGGGCAGCAAGAACCGAGAGAGGAGGGACGAGGAACUUCACCAUCACCAUCAGCAGGCAGCAGCAGCAGCAGCAGCACCUCCUCCUCCACCUCCUCCAGCCUUAACCUCCUCGCUCUACACAAGCCCGUCCUCCAUCCCACACCCCGUCUUCCCCACCACGCUACCUCCCACCUCUUCCUCUUCCUCCUCCUCCUCCACCUCAUCGUCGUUCACCUCCUCUGUGGGCAGUUUCUCCACAGGUCGUGGUCACUCACUGCUUGGCUCUGGUCUCUACUCCAGCCUCAAGGACCCUCUCACACUGGGUGGGGGUGUGUGUAGCCCCCCUCUGUCCCUGGGUGGGGGGGUGUGUAGCACCUCCUUGUCUCUGGGAGGGGGCAUGUGUAGCACCCCUCUCUCCUCAGGACUCCUCCCAUCCCAUGUCUCCUCGCUGUCUCUUCCGUCGGUCAACGCCGUCACAAACACACAGGUCCAUCCAGGUUCAAGCAGCACCUACAGCAUGACCUCGUCUCAGCCUUUUACCAGCUGUCUAUCCACAGCCCCGACACUGCCGCCACUACUGAGCCAAGCCCAGACCUCACUGCCAGAGUCCGACAUGGAUGACUGUCGCUUCCCGUGUCAGGGGAACUCGCCGAGAGAGAGUCUUUCCUCACAGUCUCCCAUGAGCUGUCUUCCUCUUCUGUUUGACCCGAGAGACGGACUGGGAGCAGGAGUCCGAGCUCACCCUGAGAACGUCCCUGCAGCCAGCUCCCACAUCGAGCUGCUGCUGGAGAAACACAGCAACGGAGAGAUGGGAGUCAACAUUGUAGAGAUGCUGCAGUCGCUCCACUCGCUGCAGCAGGAGAACCAGCGUCUCCAGGACCAGAUCCUCAGCCUGACGGCCAAGAAGGAGCGGCUGCAGGUUCUCAACACGGAGCUGGCCGUGCCUUUUCCUCAGCACUUCCACUCUGUCCAGGGCUCCUUACACACCUCAGCCCAGAUCAACUUCCUGUCGUCCAUCCAAGACCCCCUUAGCACCAAUAAGAGCCCUCUGUCCAAGAGCUGCUUCCUGAAUGACACCUCCUUCAUUACCUCGUCUGAGGAGCUUCACUCUGGAAGUCCUUCCCGCAGUAGCUCGUCCCUCUCCUUCCACAGUACUCCUCCUCCUCAGCAGAGCCCCGCCUCCUUCAGCCAGCCCGUGCUGAACGGUCUGAGUGUGGGGAGCAUGGGUCAGGCCGGCGGCUCCUCCCUGCCGGCGCUGGGCGGGCUGAUGGCGUCUCUGGCAGGAAGUCCUCAGCUGAGUAUGAACAGUGUACUGGGGAGUCUGAACGGUGUGAUCCAAUCUCCUGUGCAGAACCCGCCUCAGCCCACACUCCCCGCUCUGAGGCCGCAACCUCCACCACUCAACCCGCAGGCACUGGCACAAGGUUUCCAGCUCCCCAAGAGUGUGAGCCCGUCGUCUCUCCUCACAGAGCAGCAGAAGCAGUUUCUUCUUGAGCAGCAGCAGCUCCAGCAGUUCCUCACCUCACAGAACUUCACUCCUGAGCAGCAGCUGGUCGUGUGCCAGAUGCUGCAGCAGCAGAGACAGAGGGAGCUGCAGCGCCUCACGCUGACCGGAGCGCUCGCCUCCACCCCAAACUCACCCAACCUGCUGUCGUCGGCCACCGCCUCACCCCUGCAGGGAAACCAGGGCGGCGGCCUCUUUGGUCUGCAGGACGGUGCACUGCACAAGCCCGGGGCUGCUGGAGAAAAGGGCGGAGACAAGAAUGGGUGAAAGGUCAAACACACAGGAGCCGCUCAGAUGAAGAUAUCAGGCAUCACACGCCUUCUUGAAGAACUGAAGACAAGUGAGACGACUUAAAAACGUCUUUUACCCUCGUUUAUGAAUGUAUAACAAGAUGGACUGAAACGUCAAGGUGAAGUUUUUUAUGUUUUUUUUAUUAUUAUUAUUAUUAUUAUUAUUAUUAUUAUUAUUAUUUGUAAUUCUUUAUACCAGAAGUUCUUUUAAUAGGUUUAUGUGUGUAGGCAGCUUUCAGAGAGCACAAUUUCUGUGGUCUCGUCUUAAAUUGCACUAUUAUGUUAAUAAGACCAAUGGGGCUGCUCAUGAAGGCGGAGCUGCAGUUCCUGCUGCACCCUGCAGGUGCAGUGUUAACGUUCCGUUUGUGAGCGUCAUGGAUUGUCCUCCGUGGCUUGAACCAGAGUUUUUCCAGGAUCAGUUUUCUGCUCAAUCUUUCAACCUCCGCCUGUCUUCCUUCAUAUUUUGUCUUCCUUUUUCUGUUCACCCCGCCUUCUUCUAUCAUAGGCACUUAUUAUGUAAAGCAUAAAUAUACUGUCACUUUUCAGUGUGUGGUCAGUGGCAUUUCAAUAUUAAAGGGACAGUUGAGGUUUUAAGAGUGUGGUUGUAUGAGGUAUUUUCACAGUAUACCCCAUUCCCUCUGAUUCAAAAAACUAGGGCUUUAAAGUCCCGGUCGACUUUAAUCCAUUAAUCAGUCCAUACGUUCUGAUUCGACUCAAAUUCUGAUAAGACGACUUUUUGCCGUGUUAAUGUCAUACAGUCUAUGGUUAAUUUGAUUUCAUCUGAAGGAAUGUACCAAGUGCUAAUGGGUGUGUCUUCAGAGAACACCCCCCUUGUUUUCAGUAUUUUAGAUUAGCCCAACCCACAGGAGACAGAAAGAUUAAAGUAUGUCAGUGGUUUAAUUUAAUGUUGAGCUACAGUCAGUCGUCCUCUAACGUCCAUGUCACAGACAUCAAAGACAUCACAGACGUCACAGACAUCACAGAUGUCACAGACAUCACAGACGUCACAUGCAUCAGAUACUUCACAGACGUCAGAGACAUCAAAGAUGUCACAGACAUCACAGACGUCACAUGCAUCAAUACUUCACAGACGUCAGAGACAUCAAAGAUGUCACAGACAUCAAAGAUGUCACAGACAUCACAGACGUCACAUGCAUCAAAAACUUCACAGACGGCAGAGACAUCAAAGAUGUCACAGACAUCACAGACGUGACAUGCAUCAAAGACAUCACAGAAGUCAGAGACAUCAAAGAUGUCACAGACAUCACAUGCAUCAAAGACAUCACAGACGUCACAGUGUGACUGCAUUUUACAAAAUAGAUGGCGUUAAAAAAGUCAAGUGCAAAGUUUGCCAGCAACAGUUUUCAUAUCACAGCUCGACUACAAACAUAUCAUAUAUAAAAACAGUAAACUAACUUGUCUUUGUUAUGUUACUCCGUCCGUCUUGAGUACAUGAUCAUAUCAGAAUUAGCAUAUUUCAAUGUUUUAGUCUAAUAAUCAUUGAGUGUAGUUAUCUCUGUAUGUAAGAUACAGACAGAUGUGUCAACACAUCAUACAACCACAAAAAACCUGAACUAGCCCUUUAAACUAGUUAUUACCUCAGACUGUAUUGCCACCUACUGUCCAUUAUGAGUUGUUAUUUAUUGCAAUAGCCUUCAAUGGAUAUAAAUUCCCAAGAAAAAUUGCGUUAACUGUAAGGUAUUCACUUUUAUUAAAUGUCAAAAUGGCCGACUGUCCACUGACCCAAAAUGGCGGCGUCAUUAGAUGACGUGAAGAGUUACUGAAGCCUUUCACAGUUUAUUCUUGUAGUUGCUACCGAGAUUAAGCAGAUGAAACCAAACAUUUGGAAAUUGUGCAUUUAAAUUUUUUUUACAUACAUAUAUGUGUGUAUAUAUAUAUAUAUAUAUAUGUAUAUGUAUAUGUGUAUAUAUAUAUAUAUACACAUGUAUGUAUGUAUGUAUGUAUGUAUGUAUAUAUAUGAUUGUUUCUCCUGGCCAAGUGUGCACUUUGCAUGUUAGCAGCUAACAGAGCAAAUUAGCCAUCAACACAGAGCCUUUAUAAAAGGAUGCUUGGUACUUACUAACUUGGCCACUAGGUUUUUUUGAUUUCUAAGAAUAUUUUGCACUUCGUCCUCAAGUGUCAGCUUUUUAGUACGUCCUCACACACAGUAGACGCAUCUUUUCAUGUCGGACAACUAGUUGUUCUUUUAGCAAUACUGGAUAGACGGUGCCUUAAUGACCGUAGAUUUACAGAGAAACCCACGAGCCCAAAGGCUUUAACUCUGCUGGUGUUUUAUAUGUCGGGUUCUUUCUCAACCCAUUUAUACUUUUGAUAGCUGACUGAUGAUUUCAAAUGUUGAAAUAUGUGAAUAAGCGUAUAGUGGUAACUCAAGUGUCAAAUCAUUCUUUUUUUCCUAUCGUAAUUUUGAGUUAAAAUUGUGCUUCAGAGAAGUGAGAAGGACUUGUUUAAAAUGUUAUAUUAAAGCUCGCACAGUGGCGACAUAGGAAGAAGGCCGAGGACGGCCGAGAUGUAAACUAUCAUGUCAUGUGUGAAACAUAGUGAAGCUCGUAGCAGCACUGAGGAGAUGCUUGGUUUAACCCAGUUGUUGAAACUUGGUCCAGCACAGAGACACCGGCUCCUUUUAAACAAACUUUAUUCCACUUCAGCAUUCUGUACAAAAGGUCUGAACAACAUUUGUAGUUCCGUCCUCAUGGCAGCACUGGAGGUGGACACAGAGCUAACUUGACUAUAUGCACAGAGCGUUACUUUCAACUCGCUCUAGAAUAUAAGCCAGUUCGUUAACGUCCGAUCAGUUAUCACUAGUUCUUGAGGAAACUAGAUUAAAUCAGGAACAGAGUGUUGUGAUAAUUACCCAGAAGUCCACAGGAGGCAACUGACAAUACGUCACUUACAACUUCCACUCAAAUAUAAGCUAACUCCUUAACUUCUGGUCAAUUGUCGCCAAGGUGAAAACUUGUAAAGUAUCAUUUGCAAAAACUGUCAGUGUGUUUACAUGCAUGUUAAAAGUCAGAUUUCAGUCAGACUAAGGUAAUAAUUAGAUUUUCUUAAUGUCAUGUAAACACGUUAAUCCGACUAAAAUCUAGCUAGUCUUAGUCAGACUAACAUACCUGGAUAAUAGUCCGAUUACUCCUGCAUGUAUACGCUUAGUCAUCAAGUCGGACUCAUCAAAAUUUCCUCCACCGGGUCUUUGACUCUGAAGGAGACGUUCUCGAUCUACCUUCAGGUUUCUACACUGCGUUCCAAAUUAUUAUGCAAAUGAUAUUUUUCUCUGAUUUUCCUAAAGAGUCGAUUGAGAUGCACCGUUCCAAAUGAUUACGCAUGGAGACAGAGUUUCAAAACAUUUUAUAGGUUGUAAAGAACUGAAAAUGCUCUUUUGUUUUGUUGGAUUUGCAGCAUUAGGAGGUCAUAUUUACUGAAAUCAAAAGCUAUUUCAAUCAAAAACAUCAGGUCAAGUUACAUUUUAACAUAGGACCUGCUUAUUUGAUAGCAGCUGUUUGGAUGUGAACUGCCUCCCACCCUCAUAGAUCUUUUGCUUGAGGAUCCUCCAAAUAUUCCUCACAUUUGUACGAGUAUAGACAUCGGAAUUCUUGCUCUAUUAACCAUAUCUGGAUUAACCAUAUCUGGAUUAACCAUAUCUGGAAGGCUGGGCCGCCUGGACUGCCGCUUGUUGAAGUGUGUAAAUUUCUUUAGAAGCAUGCGUCGCCCCGUUCUCAACUUAAAUGUGUCAAUCACUCCGCCGUAACUCCACACGUCAGCCCCACUAAAUAGCUCUGUGGAGCUAAACCCCUUUUUAAAGUAUCAGUCGCAAAUAAAACUUACAAUAACAAUUGAAAACUGUGUCACUGGAGGUAGACACAGAGCUAACUAUUGACUAUUUGCACGGAGCGUUACUUACAACUUCCGCUAAAAUAUAAGCUAGCUCCUUAACUUCCAGUCAGUGGUCGCUAAGGGGAAACUUGGACUUUGUAAAGUAUCAUUAGCUAAUAAAACUGAGUCCAUUUAGCUCUGUGUCUACCACCAGUGACAACGUUUGCACGGAGUGUUACAACUUCCAUUAAAAUAUAAGCUAGCUCCGUAACUUCUGGUCGGUUGUUGCUAAGGGGAAACUUGGACUUUGUAAAGUAUCAUUAAUGAUAAAAAUGUACAGAAAUUUAACAUGGUCUUAAAUGAAAAAUGCAUUUCAGCGUAGUGAGGGGACAACAGGUGAGCACCGCCAAGUUCUAUAGCCUAUAAGAGCCGGGCUGGCUUAUUGGAAACAGGAAGUGAUCGUGCCUAUAGUCAGUUGAUGUUUGGAGGGAUAAUGAAGGGUGUUGUGUUUAGAGAUGUCAAAUAUUAAUAUAAUAAUUUGACAUCUGCAACGAAGCUCUUACAACAAUCAUAGGAAUAUAUUUGUCACAUCUGCAGCCACUUGAAUAACACUUUUUGUAUAAUAUCGUAGCUUGAGUGUCUACAAAUACUGAUAUCAGUCCGAUGAAGUUGUUUUACGUCUUUUAAAACCCAUUUGUGCUGAUUCACAACAAAUGAUCUUCACCUGUCGUCAUCUUCCUCAUCUGUGUCUGGGCCGCGGGGGCAGUAACCCCAGCACAGGGGCAGUAACCCCGGGGCAGUAACCCCAGCACAGGGGCAGUAACCCCAGCACUUCUGUUUAAAAGAGGCUCUUUUUAGUGCGAAUGUGUUUUAUCUGCAAUGUACACAGAUUCUUUGCUAACGAUGCUAACAACAUGCUCAUUUCUGAUGCAAAGCUGUGACGUGCAUGCAUCUUCUGGCUGUUAGCAUAGCUGUUAGCAUUAAUGUCAGUAACUCAGAUGUAAAGCAACUGCAUCGGAGCGAUAUUAGUGUUUACGAUACUCAAGACUGCGAGAUUAUCGGUUUCUAACAUGAAAAAGUGUUAUUGAGGCGUCGAUUCAUGCUUUGUUCAAAGUGAGGGAUUCUAUCAUCAGGUUUUCUCCUGUGUUUAUAAAAGUGUGAUCUCUGUGUUUUGUCACUUCUAUUUACAAUCUUGAUCUCCCGUACAUGUGACGCGUUUUAAUGCUCUAUUGUUUUUGUUAGCCGCUAAUGUAGACGCAGCUCAGAGCAGCUCAUAAAUACUGUAGCAAAGCCAGAGGGAGAAGGUUUGAUUCCUUUGAUAAGGACAUGUGAUGAGCGGACUCGUCAGAAGGAGACACACGUUCAUGUCCACGAGAUGGACUGAAGAAGGAUUCCUGAAGCAGUUUCUUUCUCGUGUUGCACUGGGGCACUUUUUUUUAGCCCACUUGUAAAUCUAAAGUACUUUUUUUUUCAAUUUUGUUGUUGAGUUGUAUACUUAAUUAUGUUUGUGUAAAAACACAUUUGUUCUUUUAAGCUUUGAGGUUUGAUUGAGUAAGCAAGAUAAUCCAUGUUAUGAAUGUCGUACUGUGUAUCUUAUGUAUUACAACAUGUAAGCACCUGGAGGAGGAGGAGGAGGAGGAGGAGGAGCAUCGAUGGAGAGCAAGUUACCUAUCGAGAUAUGAAUUGCAUGAAAUGCAGUGACGUCUCUCAAAAUGUGUUGCUAAAUACCAAGUAAUAACUAUGCAUCAUUUUAAAUGCAUUGUUCCCUGAUUUAAAAAGAAAAAGGAAAAAAGAAAUGGAAUGAGCGAGCACUGAAGUUUAAAAAGAAGAAAGGACAAGCACGUUGUCGUUGUACAGUGUAUUUGAGAGAAUUGAUCAAAAAAGGAAUUUGACAAUAUUCAGAUUAAAAAGCCCUGUAAAGUAUUUUGAUAUUUUUGUGUGUAAAAUUAAAAGGACAGAUUAAGACGA